CACAAGCAUAGCAACAACAAGUAAGCCUGGGCUGAGACUUGUCAGCUUGAGGUCUCACAGAUAGCAGAUCGUCUCAUGACCCACUCUCUCCACACUAGCCCUGGGAUGGAUAAGCGCACAUAUUAGUUUAGCACUGACGUUGCACAGAUUAGUCUUGUUUUGUUGAUCUCAUGCAUUAUUUUGUGGCAAAGAAGACUGAUCUGUGCUGCACCAAGUCAGCUCCAGAGACACAGAUACUUCCUUGCAUAAGACGUGUUUCCAAAAACAAAUACACAGCAAAGGAAGGAUGAUGUAACAGUUAAUGUCUCACCAGCUCUACCUCCUAACUGGUCAAAUGAAUCCUGAUUGGUAAACAUAUCCCUAAGCUUCAAAGAUCAUAAUAUGAAGGGCAUUAUGAUUCUAUGUCAUGCAUAUAAAAGCGUUAUGAAUGCUACAUAUCACCCCUCUACGUAAAGUGUUAGCAAAAUAUUUGAUAAUAGCUUUUUGAAGCAGCUAGUUUUGUAUUAGUUUUCUGGCCACUUCUGCAAGAUCAUCCACAAUAAAGGAGAAAUAAUGUUCUGUGCUUAAGCCUAGCUUUAAAGUGGAGUAAAUAUUAGGCCUGUCGUGUGGGUGGGUGGGUGGAUGGAUGGAUAAGUCCUGUUGACAGGAUCAACAAAUUGCCCCCAGCAUUUCUUUAGGCCAAAUCUAAUGCAUGGUUGUUACUGCACCCGCCAACACCACAGUUAUUAAUAGCCCAUCAUGAGAUUUGUACCUUGUCCGGUCACUAGUCCAACGCUCUAACCACUAGGCUACCCUGCCGCCCAUUUCCUUGGGAAAAUAAUCAGCUAACUCUUCCUGGAAUCGCUAUGACAUUGCUAUGCAGGACUCACUCCUAUGUUGCCUUUGUAAUUGUUUCCCAUCUGCAUUCACUUAAGAUACAGCUGUUUGAGCUGGAUACUGUUUGUAAACCUGGAGUGAUUCCUGCUCUGUCAGCUAAUUCGGCCUGAGAUGAUGCUCUGUGUCAUGUCUGUGUUUUAAAUGAUUUCUUCAGUAUACCUUGCUGACCAGUAGCUGCUGUAUUUUUUUUGUUACACUGUAUGUGGUAAAGGAGAGUUGUAGCUGCUACCAAUCCACCUUGAAGUUUUGGGAGACCCCUGAUCACAUGGAGAGAUGGGGAGCCUCCACUUAUAAAUGGUUGGAUCCCAUUCCUUGGAAAGGCUUUGGAGUUUGGGAAGAAUGCACAUAGAUUUCUGGCAGCACAUAAGGAGAAACAUGGAGAUGUAUUUACUGUGCUGAUUGCUGGCAAAUACAUGACCUUCAUAAUGAAUCCGUUGCUGUAUCCGUAUGUCAUCAAACAUAAAAAACAGCUGGACUUCCAUGAGUUUUCUGACCAAGUGGCCCCCUUGACGUUCGGCUACCCCCCUGUCGGGAGCGGAAAGUUCCCCGGUAUGAGCGAGCACAUCCAGAGGUCCUUCCACCUUCUACAGGGCGACAACCUCAAUAACCUGACAGCGAGCUUGAUGGGAAAUCUCAUGUUUGUGUUCCGACAAGACUACCUUACUGGGGAGAGUGAGUGGAGGACUGAAAGUGUGUACCAACUCUGCAAUUCAAUCAUGUUCGAGGCUACUUUCCUGACCCUGUUUGGCAAACCUGCCCAUUCCAGCAGACACAGCGGAAUGGUGACGCUUCGAGAGGACUUUGUCAAGUUCGACACCAUGUUUCCCCUCCUCAUUGCCAGGAUCCCCAUCUCUCUGCUGGGAGGGACCAAGGCCACUCGGGAUAAACUGAUCAACUACUUCCACCCUCAGAGAAUGUCUGGAUGGUCCAACACCUCAGGGUUCAUAAAGGAAAGAGCAGCAGUGCUUGAACAGUAUGACUCCUUGGGAGAUGUCGAUAAAGCAGCUCAUCAUUUUGCCAUUCUAUGGGCGUCGGUGGGAAACACAGUCCCAGCCACCUUCUGGGCCAUGUAUUACCUGUUGACGCACCCAGAGGCCCUUGCAGUCGUGCGUGAGGAGAUCCAUGGUGUCCUGCAGGUCUCAGGAAUAGAAACACACCACAACAGAGACCUCACAUUCACCAGAGAAGAGCUGGACAGCCUACUGAAUCUGGAGAGCUCCAUAAAUGAAAGUCUGCGGCUGUCUUCAGCCUCCAUGAACAUCCGCAUGGCCCAGGAGGACUUCAGCUUGCGGCUGGAGGGAGAGCGCUCCAUUGGAGUGAGGAAAGGAGAUCUCAUCUCCCUGUAUCCCCAGAGCAUGCACAUGGACCCCGGGAUCUACGAGAAUCCAGAGAUCUACAAGUUUGACCGAUACAUCGAAAACGGAAAGGAAAAGACUGACUUCUAUAAGGACGGCCAGAAGCUGAAGUACUACCGGAUGUCUUUCGGCUCGGGCUCCACUAAGUGCCCAGGAAGGCACUUUGCGGUGAAUGAGAUAAAGCAGUUCCUCUCUCUGCUGCUACUCUACUUUGACAUGGAGGUGUUGGAGGGGCAGAAGCCGUGUACCCUGGACCCCAGCCGUGCUGGCCUGGGCAUCCUGCUCCCUACCAGUGACGUCCAGAUCCGAUACAGGCUACGUCGAUCCUGAGAGGAGGAGGACAUCUGUAUAUGAACAAACACUAGAGGGCUGAGCCCUGUGUGGCUAAUGGAUUUGAUUUCUCAUCGGAUGCAUCCCAAAUGGUACCCUAUUUAUUCCCUACAUAGUGCACUACUUUAGACCAGGAACCAUAGGGCUUUUGUCAAAAGUACUGCACUAUAUUGGCAAUAGGGUGCCAUUUGGGACACACGCAUGGAUUAUUAUUCACACAAGUAGCUAUUGACUGAACAGCAAUGCAUUGCUAAUUUGUCAAUGUAUUAUAUUAGGACAGACUCUAACAGUGGGCAGGAUUGGCGAAUCUGCUAGCUAGGGACCUUUGGUGUUUUAUUCCAUAGGACAGAAUGAUCCAUUAAUUGUUAACAGUUUUUGCUGUUUAUAACAGAUAGUAUUUUAUUUGAAUACUAAAAAUGUUUGCUUAUUAUGCCUUGCAUUAUAAAACCAUAUAUACCAGGGUAUAUAGGGGCCCUGGAUUAAUGUUGCAAAAUGAAAUAAUAUUUCAUUUAUAUAUAUUUUUUGAAAUAGGAACUGUCUGGGUCUCAACUUCCUGUUGAGUUAGAAUAUUAGAAUACACAAGGUGCAAUUUCAAAAUGUGUUUGUGCAUCAGCAGUUCACCUCUUAUGUCAGUCACUCAAUUAGCUCAUGUCAGCAAUACAUUUUUUGGAUUGGUAAGUUAGUCUAGCCAGCUAUCUUGACCUGUAGUAAUCGUGGUUGAAUUACCGACCGGGGCCCCCAUUGAUUUUGUUAUUCACUCUCACUCAGAUAUCAUAUUAAAAACGGCAACCAUUUCUCUCCACCACAUGACAAAAUGUGUAGAAUUGCAGGAAAUGAACUCAAAUUAUUUUACAUUUUUUCACUGUCAAAGUUGCCCAUCCCUGAUCUAUACUGUACAACAGUAGUUGAAUCAAAUAGUUGAACUAUAUUACAGGGUAAAAGGACAAUGUGAUAAAAGCUUUAUGUAGUAAAUAUGGUGGUGUCCCUAAAACAUGACUGAUUUUAUUAGUUUCAUUUUUCUAUAACAUUAACCAAAUAACCAACCAUUUAAGUUAUACAUUCAAAUGUCUUUCCUAUUUCAAGAGUCCUACAGAGUAUUUACAAUUCAUGAAAUAAAUUACAACUGGACAAAUCA